GCGCGCACCCCGUGACCGGUGGCCACGUGACGCUCGCGGGCCGGGCCGCUAGUGCUGUAGCCGCUGCAGCCGCGGGAAGCCUGCGAGUCUAGCGAUGAAGCUCAUUAUCCUGGAACACUAUUCCCAGGCCAGUGAGUGGGCGGCCAAGUAUAUUAGGAAUCGCAUCAUCCAGUUUAACCCAGGGCCUGACAAGUUCUUCACCCUGGGGCUCCCCACUGGAAGCACCCCGCUUGGCUGCUACCAGAAGCUGAUUGAGUACUAUAAGAAUGGGGAUCUGUCCUUUCAGUAUGUGAAAACCUUCAACAUGGAUGAGUACGUGGGUCUUCCUCGAGAACACCCAGAGAGUUACCACUCCUUCAUGUGGAAUAAUUUCUUCAAACACAUUGACAUCCACCCUGAAAACACCCACAUUUUGGAUGGGAAUGCGGCUGACCUGCAGGCCGAGUGCGACGCCUUUGAGGAGAAGAUCCAGGCUGCGGGAGGGAUUGAACUCUUUGUCGGAGGCAUUGGCCCCGAUGGACACAUUGCCUUCAAUGAGCCAGGCUCCAGCCUGGUGUCCAGGACCCGUGUGAAGACUCUGGCUAUGGACACCAUUCUGGCCAACGCUAGGUUCUUUGAUGGUGAUCUUGCCAAGGUGCCCACCAUGGCCCUGACAGUGGGCGUCGGCACUGUCAUGGAUGCUAAAGAGGUGAUGAUCCUCAUCACAGGCGCUCACAAGGCCUUCGCUCUGUACAAAGCCAUCGAGGAGGGCGUGAACCACAUGUGGACGGUGUCCGCCUUUCAGCAGCACCCCCGCACCGUGUUUGUGUGUGAUGAGGACGCCACCUUGGAACUAAAAGUGAAGACAGUCAAGUAUUUCAAAGGUUUAAUGCUUGUUCAUAACAAGUUGGUGGACCCCCUGUACAGUAUCAAGGAGAAGGAAAUUCAGAAAAGCCAAUCUGCUAAGAAGCCAUACAGUGACUAGCUUGUGCCAGGACGUGGUAUUCAGUACCUCAGAGGGACAGGCAGGUCUUUCCGGAAAGUGUCUGUAGGAGAGAGAGUAGAAUUACUUUUCAGUCCACUGUGGCUGCUGCAGAUCCAUGGCUUGGUACAUACAGGUUAAGGAGUUUGGCUAUGGAGAACAUUGUUUAUUAUAAAUUUUCCCCUUCUUUUUUCAGUACUGGGGGCUGAACCUGGGGCCUUGUACAUGCCAAGGAGGUGCUUUGCUAACUGAACUAUGUCCCCAACUUUCUGCCCCUUUUCAUAAUGGUUUUGUAACAAUCCGAAGUCUCCAUCACUGACUGUAAUUAUAUCCUCUGCCCCUGUGCACAUGGGCAGCACACGCCAUCGAGGACUCCUGUCUGUGUGUGUGCUUUUUCUAGAGUUGGCAGGGAUCGGGGCAUGUGCACUUUGGACAUAUCCUUUCUGGAGACUUGAGAGCCCCUCUUCUGCCAGCCUUCCCACUGAGAAUUUUCAUUUUAAAGAAUACACUUCCAGAACUUGAAUUAUGCACAAGGAAGCAGCCCUUCCUGCCAGAACCAAGUACCUGGGGGAGAAGCCUGUCCCUUGUCCCAUUGUCUGGAUUGUCUUUCCUGUUGUCAGUAGCUAGCUUUUCUGUAAACAGGCUUUCGGGGUAGGAUUGGGCAUGUGGGGCUGAGAUGGCCUUCACAGAUAAACUCAAAGCUUCCAAAGGGCAGCCUUGUCUUGUUCUCUCUCAAGAUUCCAACAGGAGAAAGGUGGGAAGCCCUCCUGUCCGAGCUCUGUUUUCCUCAACAGAUUCCUAUACACUCCCUAGUAAGGAGAUCCGCUCGGUUCACAAACACGGUUAUGAUUUCAGUGUUUUUACCCAAGGUGGGGAGCUGGCAUCUGCACAUGUGCUGUGCUCUCCGGCCUCCUCAGAGCUGAGUGCCAAGAUUAUACAUGCUGCUGCUCUCUCCUCGCUUAACCCACCCUGGCAUUCCCACCUCUCGGGUACGCACGGUAUCCUCUGUCCCCAGCAUCGGAACUAAACCCUUCAUCCACCCGUCCUUCAGGCUCCCUUCCCAAGCUGCUCUGCUUGGCCUCUCUCUAUCUUCUGCCUCUGUGGAGUGGUCGCUGCCUCCUUUUCUGUCCUUGUGCCUGUCUGAAGCUAGAGCUGCCUAUUUCCAGGAGAGGUCUUUCAGCUCCUGGCCCAGGCCCCUCCAGAAGUACUGUGUUUGGUACCAGCAUUUAUUUGUAGUUUUUAUAUGUGAUUGUGCUAUUGUUCUGUGUUAAGCUAAUGAAUCAAUGGACUUGUUUACAAUGUGAUAUUUUCUAUUAAAUUUAAUAUUUUCAAA